AUGUCCAACGCAGAAUACCCCAAGACAGCAAUAAACAAGCUCGGCCGGCUGCCAAAACGAGGCAAGUACGACUACGAAACCGUAUACAGCAUCAUCGAUGAAAGUCCUAUCCUCCACGUCUCCUUCAACGACCCUGAGCAUCCCUUUCCCGUAGUCCUACCCAUGCUAGGUUGCACGAUUAACUUCGAGGACCCGGAUGCCGAAGAGCGGGACAUCUACAUCCACGGCUACGUAAGCGGCCGGCUCUUCCGCCACAGCAAAGAAACCGGCGAGCAAGGUCUCCCCGUCACCGUCGCCGCAUCCAUCAUGGAUGGCCUCGUCCUCGCCCUCGCCCCCUUCCACAACUCCUGCAACUACCGCUCCGCCACCGCCUACGGCCACGCCAACCUCGUCACCGCCUCCGAGGAACGUCUCCACGCCAUGACCCUGAUAACAAACUCCCUCCUCCCCUCGCGCUGGGAGACGUCCCGCUCGACACCUACGCCCGCCGAGCUGUCUUCUACGUCGAUCCUACGCGUGCGCAUCGCGUCCGCGAGCGCAAAAGUGCGCACGGGCGGGCCGAGCGAGGACCGCAAGGAUCUCAAAGACGAGGCCUUGAGGGGGCGCGUGUGGACAGGUGUGGUGCCGUGUUGGUUGGCGUGGGGGGAGCUGGUGGCGGGGAAGGACAAUGGGGCUGGGGAAGUGGAUGGGGGGAUUGAGCAGUGGAGGGUGGCGGAGAAUGAGAGGGGUAGAAAGGUGGCAUAUGCCGCUAUUGAGGAAGGGGGGUAG